CAUCUGGAUAAUAGACUAACUUUAACAAUUCUAGAAUUUUCCUUGAGGGCGUAAUCACCGUGACGAGCAAGAAGUCAACAGAAUUUUCAUUGUAGAUUAUAUUGGUGAUUUCUAAUUACUUAUUACUGUAUCCUUCUUAUACAGAGGUAAAUUUUAGAAGAUAAAUAGCAAAAAUGCCAACUAUUGAGGAGGUGCCAGACGAUACAACUCCAACGAGUACAACCAACGGCUCCAAUGGGCAACAACAGCAGCAGCAGCAACAACAACGCAGUUGGGGAGUCGUCAGUAGCCACCUUCUUGCAAAUAAGGUUGACUGUGGAAUGUGGUUAUCUCGUAUUUCAUGUGUUGUAUUCUGCAUUAUGUACAUCCUGCCAUUCUCUAGCCGUGAAGAAAGCUACAGUUACUACCAACGUGCACUGAUCUGUAAUGCGCUGACCAGCGCCCUGCGUUUACACCAACGUAUGCCACCCUUCCAGUUCACCCGCCAAUACCUAGGUCUGUUGCUUAUAGAGGACAGCUGUCAUAAUCUACUUUAUUCACUGAUAUUCAUCAAUGGGUCAGCCAUUACAAUUGCUUUGAUUCCUGUAUUUCUAUUCAGCCUUCUACAUUCAGCAAAUUACACCAGGAAAUUGCUUGAUAAAGCUGGCCCCAACUCUGUACCUGUGCUGAGAAAUUUGAUCAACAAGCUGGUAAUUAGGCAAACAGAAAUACUUCGCAUUAUUGCCUUCAAUGAGAUCAUCUUGUUCCCGUUCCUCUUUUUCAUGUUGUUCUAUGGUAAAUGCAGUCUUUUAGCACCUUUCAUGCAUUUUAAUUUCUUGGUGUAUCGUUAUGCAUCACGCAGGAAUCCAUACACCAGACAAAUUAUGGGAGAGCUGCGUAUGAAAGCUGAAGAAUUCGGAAGACGUCCAUCAACUCCAGGAUUCAUUAAGACUACUAUUGACAAGUUGGUGGCGCUGUUUUCAAGAUUUGCAGUGCCAAUGAACGGUCAAAGAUAAACAUCUACAGAUUUCCUCCCUGAAGAGCUGUUUUGAAGUUGUGUUCGUUUUGGUUGCCCUGUUUUGUUUAUAUUUAGGAUCCGAUGGUUAAGAACAAUUUCGUGCAAUACAAAGCUAUGAUCAAUAGUAGCGUUAACUAUUACAUCAUCAUUGGUUGUUUACCGUAGCAUGUGCUGGGACUACAGUAAUUAUUGACCUAGCUAGACGACUACCGGUACUUACUUUGUUUAUGUGAACAACUGUCUUAACAAAUAAGUAAACAAACUUAAGGAAAAUAAAAUGGUUUUAUUUGUUCACAAUUUAUUAAAUCUAUACCUCAUAGAUUUUCAAAAAGUAAAAAAAAUUGUAGAUCAGAUUCUUCAAUAUUAUACUAGGCACUUACAGUAUUUUAUAUGUAUAUUAUUGACUAAAAUGUUGAAAAAUAGAAGAUUCAUGUAACUAUUAGAAAUUCUGUUUAGUUUUGUAAGUGAAAUUGUUUGUAAAUACACAACUGCAGUUUAAAAUCGUAUGAAAAGCAAAAUCGUAUGGUGUUAUAUCAAGGGUGAGUGAUAUAUUUUGAGUUAUUAAAUGGUGCUUUUAAGUCAGGCAAAAUUUAAAUAAAAUGUUCCAUAAAACAGUGGAUUUCUGGCAGGGAGAACAGUAACUGUAUCGUAUUCACUCAUUCAUCUAUUUUGCUAAAAUAGAAAUGACCUAAACUUUGAAUUGCUUAACUAUAUAAACAAUUUGAAUUUUAGUUACGGACCUUUCUGGAAUGUCAAUCAAACUUAUGAACUGACCAAUGAGAAUAGAGCCAGGAAUGUGUGUGUUAUCCCACAAACAUGCGUAUGUACAUUUACGCAAUUGUUUUGUGGCACCUUAGAAAAUAUUUUCCGGUAUGCACAAAUUUGAUGUUUCAGGACAUUUGUUAUACUUACGUAUUAUGUGACAUUUGGCAUAUUUAAUUGGGAUUUAUCUGUUGAGUAUGUUAGCCAUGUUAAGUUCAAACUCAACUAAGUAUUUCGAAUGUUAAGUACAACCUCAACGAAAAAGUUACCAUUAUUUAACCAACCGAAUACGGAAAGUACUCAACAGAUAUCUGUUGAGCACGAUAGUUCCCAUUCAAAUGCGACAAAGUACAGUGGAAAUGUCCAAGUUUGCACAGAUUUGAUAUUUGAUUGUUAUAUUGUGUACUAUGUGACGUACAGUAUUUGGUUGUGAAAUGUUGUCAAUUCGUUGAUUAGUGUCAACAAGCCAGUGGAUUAUUAUAAGAAAGUUGUGAGUUUUUAAACUCUUUUUCUUGCAGUUUCUGCUCUGGAUAUUUUGAAAUUGUAUUUCUGCAGUAACUGAUGCUUGAAAAGGUCCAACAACCUAUCACUGAAGAUCUAUGCAAAUGAGAGAAUAGGACAGGUGGAUCUUUUGAUUUUAAUAUACCUUUAAAAAACUGUAUGCAUCUGAAAAGCACAAUGAUAGAAUUUGAUUCCUUUAUUAAUUUAAAUUAUGAUUUUUAAGAACACAGAAUGGUAAAAUUCUUUUAAUAUGUUUGAUUGAAAAUAGCUAUUAAAUAUACUGUGUGUAAAUACAUAUUUGAUGAAAUUUUUCCUUUUGUAAAUUAGAAAUUAUUCCUGAAAAAAAGUAACGUGAUUAAAUAAAUUUAAUAUUUCAAGACACACAGUCCUAUAAUAAAACGCAAAAGAUUUCAAAUAGAGCGAACAAUUGAAAGGGAAAUUACAUAAAAAUCAAUUUAAAACUGGAAUUUGAAAAUCAUAAAAAUAAAGAGUUUUGGUAAUUUUAACAUGGAAUACAGAAAUACCAAAAAUUGCUAAAAAAAAAAAAAAAAAAAAAAAAGAAAAACCAAAACAUGGACCUAAUUAAGCAUUCUUAAAGGUUACUGAAUGAACAUGAGGAAAUGUCAUGAUGAUGCUAAUAAAAUGUUUAUUUAGAUGAUGGA